AGCAGCCAGACAUAUCUGUGAAAAUCGAAACGAAAGAGCGAGACGGAAAUGGUGAAGUCAGAGAAGAAGAAAGGCAAGGAAGAGAGGAAGAAGAGGAAAGUAUCGCGACCCACCGCUAAUUUCUCAGAGCUACGUAGUGCCAAUGUCGAGAAGAAGAAGAAAGGAUUCGCGGAGCUGCGCGACGAUCUGUUCCGCGAAGCAGCGAAACUCGUCGCGGAAGAUCCUUCACAGAGAAUCGCGAUCCUCAUCAAACCUCCCGCCUCCGAAUCGAACGUGGUGAUGCAAUCGUUCGGGUAUCCGUCUGCGGAAGGAGUUGUUCGACAGUUCCUCAAGGAUUCUGCUCCUCCUGUUCCGGUAACAGAGGACGACGACGAAGAGGAGGACGAAGAGGAGGAUGAGGAUUGGUGUAAGUAUUACUGGUGGGAAGAUGAGAAGCUGCUUAAUUCGAAGGAUCCGGUGGAGAUUAUGGCAGCGAUGGAGGAGAUGAAGAAACUUCAGAAGCAACUCGAGAUGUAUAAAAGUGAAUCCAAACCCUAAUUGCAGAUGCAUGUUCAAGUUCAGCGACGUCGUUUUAGGCUUUAAUUAUAAGUUAUAUACAGUUAGUUGCUAAUUUGGAGUCAAGACUAUGUUUUUACUUUUGAUUAUCUUAUGGAUUCUCUGUUGAUAGAGCUAAAGCUUGAUAGUGCUACUUAUUAAAACAUCAAUGAAUCUUAUGACUUCUUUGUGGUUCUU